UCUGCAUAAGGUUUUUUGGAUUUAGCAGUAUUCUUGCGUGGUGCUUCUGUUAUCCUACGUCAUCCGUGAUUUUUCUCAGCUGCAUUUGCACUUUGCAGUUCUAUAUCUCCCGGGGAUAUAUUUUGUUUGUCGUAUGUCCAUCCAGAAUCUCAACACAUUCGACCCCUUUGCAGAUGCAAUCAAGGGUUCAGAUGAUGAUGUCCAAGACGGUCUCGUGCAUAUAAGGAUUCAACAACGGAAUGGUCGGAAGACCUUAACAACAGUACAAGGACUUUCAUCUGAAUAUGACUUGAAGAAAAUAGUAAGAGCAUGUAAAAAGGAGUUCGCCUGCAAUGGGACAGUAAUCGAACACCCGGAGUACGGAGAGGUGUUGCAGCUGCAGGGGGACCAGCGAGAAAAUAUAUGCCAGUGGCUAACAAAGUCAGGUCUAGCCAAACCUGACCAACUCAAAGUCCAUGGUUUUUAACCAACAAACACCCAUGCCACUAUCUAAGAACACUCCACCUUCAUUAACACCUUAUCAUCUUAAAUUAUCUGUAUCAGUCACUAAUACUUGUUGAUACAUCGUGAGAUAUCCUAUUAUAUACACAUAUAUAUUUCAAUAAAAAAUAUAUAACAGUAACGAUAUAGGCACAAUAUUCUAAUCAGACAUUUGUAAGAUUGUAGGAAGCAAUAUUUUACAGCCUUAUGUUAGGUAAUUCAUUAAACUCAUCACGUUUUAAAGUAGUAGUGAUAACUAAUUAGUAAUUUGAGAAAAUACUUAUACAAGGAAUAGAUACACAUAGCAACGGAUGGCUCUUCUUUUUGGAAUUAGGUAGUAUGUAUCUCGGCGCUAUAGAUGUGUUCAGAGAGAAAGAGGAAAGGAGAGAGAGAUAUAUAUUAAAAAAAGAAUUAUUUUAGGCACCGGAUUGGCUUAUUGUAUGUAAUGCUGAAUGCUUUGUUUUGUUUAUACAGUAAGGUAACAGGCCUGGUUUUUAUAUUAUCAUCUCCAAGUUUUGUGCCUUUACUUCCAUAUUGAUUGUAUUAUUUAUUGAAAGGAUCAUCUUUUAUUGUAAUGGAUUUAUUUUGAAGGAGAAUUGCCAAUCUUUUUUUUUUUGAAACAGUAUUGACAAAAUCAAUUGUUUUCAAUAAAAAUGUGGCUGUAUUAAAUAAAUGGUAAUUCACCACUA